AUGCUCUCCGCCACCAUCGCCGCGCACCCCGCCGCCGCCACAGCGCUGCGGCGAAGGUACCCGCUUCGCCCUCGCCAGCCACUCUGCGCUCCAAUCGGCACGGCGGCGAAGAGGCAGUGGAUGGCGACGGCGAGGCUCUCGGUCACAAACGCACUCGCUAACCUAUCCGUUGAGAGCGCCCCCGCGGCGCCUCCCAAGCUCUCGUUCCCGAUACUGGUGAAUAGUUGCACUGGAAAAAUGGGAAAGGCUGUUGCUGAAGCAGCUGUCUCGGCUGGUCUUCAGUUAGUUCCUGUAUCAUUCAGUGCCAUGGAGGUCCCUGAUGGAAAGAUUGAAGUAUGUGAUAGAGAAAUUUGUAUUCACAACCCAUCUGAAAGUGAAAAAAUUCUCCCUUCCAUUGUUAAGGAGUACCCAGAUCUCAUAGUUGUCGAUUACACUGUGCCUGAUGCUGUUAAUGCCAAUGCUGAACUCUAUUGCAAAUUGGGUUUGCCAUUUGUAAUGGGCACAACUGGUGGAAAUAGGCAACUGUUGCACAAAACUGUGCAUGAUGCGAAUAUCUAUGCUGUGAUAUCCCCACAGAUGGGGAAGCAGGUUGUUGCUUUUCUUGCUGCCAUGGAAAUUAUGUCAGAGCAAUUUCCUGGUGCAUUUUCAGGUUACAAACUGGAGGUCAUGGAGUCUCAUCAAGCAACAAAAUUGGACAUUUCUGGGACUGCCAAGGCUGUUAUCUCUUUCUUUCAGAAGUUGGGUGUAUCGUUUGACAUGAACGAGGUAAAGCAAGUUAGGGAUCCUGAGGAGCAGGUAACCUUGGUAGGUGUCCCAGAAGAACAUCUUGGGGGUCAUGCCUUCCACAUGUACCAUCUCACAUCACCUGAUGGGACAGUUUCGUUUGAGUUUCAGCACAAUGUAUGUGGCCGUUCAAUAUACGCAGAAGGAACUGUUGAUGCUGCUAUGUUUCUCUACACAAAGAUAAAAUCGGGGGCGAGCAAGAAAUUGUAUGACAUGAUUGAUGUCUUGAGAGAAGGGAACAUGAGAUGA